UAUUUAACUAAAAUAAAGUCAAACUAGUGCAUGAGUAUAUGUAUGUGCAAUGUUAAUUAUGUCAUUUAUUUUACACAGGGAGUAGUAAAAAAAAAGGCAAAUUUGUAAAAAAAAAAAAAAAAAAAAAAAAAAACCUUUUAAAAGCACCAUUUUGCAAAAGAAAACAUUUUAAAAGCUUUGUUGUUAAAGAAAACCCCAACACACCUAAUUUUUGUUGAAGACAACCUGGUGCCUCUAAUUCACCUAAUUAACUACUAAUUACUUCUAAUUAUCCUUUAACUCUAUUUAAUAAUAACAUUAGUUUAUAAAUAAAAAAGAUCAAAAAAACCAAAAACCACCAUCCCCACCACCAAGCCAGCCACCCACUCUCUUUCCCCCUCCCCUGCCAGUAGCCUCCACCACCGAUUAAGCCACCAGAAUCGUUGCCCCCAUCCAAUAAGCCAACCACAAAAACCACCCUAGCCACAACCUACCACCAGCUAGCCUAAUCCCGUCGUCAACCACCAUCAAGAAAACCUUCUUACUCCCAUUGCCAGCCCACCAUGAAAACACCCACACCCCAGAAACAUCAUAUUAACUCGAUCCGACCACGAAUUCUCAAAAUACAACAUUGUGUUCCAAAGAAGGUCGAGAACAAUAAUCAAAGUUUGCACAAUUGCAGGUCGAGUACAAUAAUCAUGGCGGGCAUGGGAGUGGAAGGAGGAGAGAGAAAUUCGAGGUGAAAUUAAAGUCUUCAAUUGAUAAAUUAGGGUUUUUGUGAGAUAAUUUAGGGAAAUUGAGAGGGAGAAGUCAUAGCUAAUCACGAUUGAGCUAGGAGAGAGAAAGAUGAAAUUAGAAAUUUUUGGAGGAAAUUGAUUAAGAAGAAAUGAGGGUGUGAGGGGGAAAGGGAGGUGGGUUGCCGGCGGUAGGGGUGCAAGGCGGCGGCUCGGUUGGGGGAGGGGGCUGCUGCCGAGGGAAGGGGAAAGGGAGAGGGAGGGUUGGCUGGCUGGUGGUGGGGGUGGUGUAUCUAUUUUUUUUAUUUUUUAUUGUUUUAAUCUAUAAAUUAAUUUAAUUAUUAUGUAGUAAAAUGAGAAUUAGAAGUUGAUUAGAAGAAAUUAGUGGUUAAUUAAGUGAGUUAGUGGUUAAUUAAGUGAAUUAGUGGGACUAGGUUGUUUUAAAGAAAAAAAAAAUUUUAAGUUUGGGUUUUCUUUUACAACAAAACUUAUAAAAGAUUUUCUUUUGUAAAAUGAUGCUUUUAAAAGGGUGUUUUUUUUUUCAAUUAUUUUAAACGAAAGGAGUUUUUGAAAAUAUCUCAACAACUUACAUUAAAUAAUUCAAGCACAUGAUAAUAAUGCCACAAUUCAACUCAAAUUAUAGUGAAGAUUCUAUUAGAAAUUUGAGUCACAACUCACAAAAAAACCACUCCUGUGACCCACUUCUACAUAAUUUAAUCAACUCCAGCAAAUAUCCCUCAUCAACUUUUCUACCAUUAUUAAUUUCAGCCUAUAAUUCUUCUCUUAAUACUGUUUAAAGUGCGCCAACUCCAUAGAAUCUGGUCCCCUAUUCCACCUUAAGAAACAAAAUUUAAUCUUUCUUUUGUUAUAUACAGUACAGAAAUUUAUUUGAUCAAACAUUAAACAUAUUGCAGAAAAAAAAAAACCCAAACCAAAAUCAUGGGUUUUUCCAAAUGGGUUUUUGCAAUCUUCAUUCUUCACUGUUUUCUUGUAAAUUUCAUACAAUCUGAGUCAAUUUUAUCCUCAAAUGAGCUUGAAGAGAUCCCAAAAUUUUUCCUUAAUCAAACCCAGAAAUCUGAGGUUUUUGAUUGGAUGGUGGGUAUUAGGAGGAAAUUGCAUGAAAAUCCUGAAUUGGGGUUUGAGGAAUUUGAGACUAGUCGGGUUAUUAGAGAGGAAUUGGAUAAAUUAGGGAUAAAUUAUAAGUACCCAGUUGCUGUUACUGGUGUUCUUGGGUUUAUUGGAACUGGGGAACCUCCAUUUGUGGCUUUGAGGGCUGAUAUGGAUGCUCUUCCUAUUGAGGAAAUGGUGGAAUGGGAACACAAGAGUCAAGUUCCUGGAAAAAUGCAUGCAUGUGGGCAUGAUGCACAUGUUGCCAUGUUGCUUGGUGCUGCAAGGAUCCUCCAAGAGAAUCGACACAAGUUACAGGGAACAGUUGUUUUGGUUUUCCAACCAGGUGAGGAAGGAUAUGGCGGCGCCCAGAGAAUGAUCGAGGCUGGAGCAGUGGAGAAUGUUGAAGCCAUAUUUGCUUUGCAUGUUAAUUCUGGCUUACCUGUUGGUCAAGUUUCCUCCAGGCCUGGUCCACUCUUGGCCGGAAGUGGAUUCUUUCAAGCUGUAAUUACUGGAAAAGGUGGUCAUGCUGCUAUUCCUCAUCACAGUGAUCCCAUAUUGGCAGCUUCGAAUGUCAUUGUCAGCUUACAGCAUAUUGUUUCUCGUGAAGCUGAUCCCCUCGAUUCUCAAGUUGUUACAGUAGGGAAGUUCCAAGGAGGCGCUGCAUUCAAUGUAAUACCGGAUUCUGUCACUAUUGGUGGUACAAUCAGAGCCUUGUUAAGGGAAAGCCUUACACGUCUUAAACAAAGAAUUGGAGAGGUUAUAACAAGCCAAGCUGCUGUAAAAAGGUGCACUGCAGCUAUUGAUUUCUUUGAUGCUGGAGUCACAUACCCGCCGACCAUUAAUGAUGAAAACCUGCAUAAGCUCUUCAGCAGCGUUGCAACAGAUAUGAUUGGCUCAAAUAAUGUGAAAGAAGCCAAGCCCCUAACUGGAUCCGAGGAUUUUGCACAUUAUCAAGAAGUAAUCCCGGGACUUUUGUUCUUUGUUGGUCUGCAAAAUGAGACGCUAGGCAGAACAGGCUCAGAGCAUAACCCAUUGUUUGUUCUUAAUGAAAAUGUGCUUCCUUAUGGUGCAUCUCUUCACGCCUCACUGGCUGUGAGAUACCUUCUCGAAAAGGGGACAAAAAACCUCGAACAUGAUAGAACUCGUCAUGAUGAAUUGUAAUCCAUUUUGAGACGCACAUGAAAUGUGGUCCAAUGCGGGUGCUUAUUCUGCAGUAAAUUCAGCUUUUAAAUAAAAUUUAGCUCAGCAUUUAUCUAAUUGUUAUACAUCCAGUUCAGGAAAAGAACAAUUGGCAAGUUAUGACUUGUACCCUAACAGUCACAUUAAGCUUUAGAACAAAUAAAACCUUCAUGAUGUAGUGUAUGUAGGCUUUUCUAUAUAUAGGCAUCAAAUGUUUAAACUUACAUGUAAGUAUGUAACCAUCCAGUUGAAGAGUGUAAUCUAGAGUUUUGCUACAUA